AUGGCCGGCCGCAUGACAGAUCUCCAACGCUAUCUACCAGCACGUCUCCCCACCCUCGAUCGGAUGGUCGCAAUUGUCGCCUUCAAGUCUAACUGUGAUAUUUGCUACGUGUUUAGGACCCUCUUCCGCAAGAAUGCCGUCUACCUGACCGCUAUCUUCGCCGGUGCCUUCGCUUUCGAGCUUUCCUUCGACACUGCCUCCAACAAGAUCUGGGACUCCUGGAACGCCGGCCGCCAAUGGAAGGACAUCAAGCCCCGCUACCUUGUCGCUGCUGAGGAGGAGGAUGAUGAUUAG